AUGCGUGUCGACCGUUGCGACUUUUCAGGCUACCGUGUCUACCCUUCCAAGGGAAGGGUCUACGUUCGGGGGGACUCCAAGUCCUUCCGUUUCGCUAGCUCCAAAUCCGAGUCCCUCUUCCUCCAGCGCAAGAACCCGCGCAAGAUCGCCUGGACCCAGGUGUACAGGCGGAUGCACAAGAAGGGUAUCACUGAGGAGGUAGCCAAGAAGCGGAGCAGGAAGAACGUCAAGGUUCAGCGUGGUGUUGUCGGCGCCGACCUUGCUUCCAUCCUCGCCAAACGUACCGCCAAGCCCGAGGUCCGAGCCGCUGCCCGCCAGGCCGCCAUCACCAAGGCCAAGACCGAGAAGAAGAACAAGGAGGAGAAGAAGGCGACUGCGAAGCCCGUCGGUGCCGGUGCACCAAAGGUAUCCAAGCAGGGUGCCAAGGGUGGUGCGGGUGGUGCCGGUGCUGGCAAGGGUGGACGAUAA